GAGAAGUCCAGGAGGGGAAGUAUAAUCGACCGCUGCUGCCGCGUAGUGGGUUCUCCCUCCCCCCUUUCCCCUCCUCUCCGAGAUGGUGUAAUGCUACAGAUAGCUCGAGAGAGAUACAUAGAGAAACCCACGAAUUUCGCCCUUGUGGAUCAUCAUCAUCAGCACGAUAAGGUCGAUAACGCACCAUCGGAUUGUCUUCCGUCUGCUCCGCCAUUGCAAACCUGGACAACCUCAAGGGCAUCAUUACCGGAAAGUCAGAGACUGUCUCCUGCCCGGUUUUGGCUUUUUUCGUCUUUCGCAUUCGUAUUUCGUCUAUCUGCCUCCGCUAUGCUGGGUGAUAAAUAUAAUCCGGAGGUUUUUGUUUUGGGGGGAAAAAGAAGUCCCCUCCAGACAGAUUCUCCAUCUCAUCUUUUGCUUGCUAGCUUGGGCAGCAUUCUACGUAGAUCCGCGCUGCGACAUGCAUGCGUUCCGCUCUUCAUGGAUUUCUCUCGCCAGCGAGUCCCUUUCUUUGACAUGCCACAGUCCCCCGGUAAUUCCCAUCCUCCUCCUGCUACCUUCACGACUCCGGCGCACUUACUUCCUCAAGGCGUCUAGGAACGCCUUCGGCGGCUGCUGUCGAUAGCCCUGGGGGUUGUUCUCGGUCCAGCGCCAGAGGUCCUCGCAGGCGUCGACGAGGGAGCGCUUGGCCGUCCAGUUGAGCUCGGUGUUGGCGCGCGUGGGGUUCGCGGUGAGGUUGAGGACGUCGCCCGCGCGGCGCGGCGCCACUUCGUAGGGCAGGUCCCGGCCGAC